AUGUCGGCCCUGACAGCCAAAGAGAUAGCUAAAGUGCCUCUCUCAGAUAACACAAUUGCCAGAUGUAUUGAUGCCAUGUCUGCGGAUAUCGAAACUGUUGUUUUAGAAAAGAUGCGCAUCAGUAAGAAAUUUGCCUUGCAACUUAAUGAGUCGACGGAUAUUAGUGGACAUUGUCAGCUCUUGGCCAACGUGCGUUUUGUGGAUGGAGAAGCCAUUAUAGAAAACUUCCUAUUUUGCAAGACACUGCCAGAAAAAUCAACAGGGGAGGAAAUAUUUCGGGUCACGUCGGAAUAUCUUGACAAAAGCGGGCUUACGUGGGAAAACUGCAUAGGUGUCAGCACUGACGGAGCCGCAGCCAUGGUCGGGCGCACCAAAGGCUUCGUAAGUAGGGUCAAAGAAAAAAACCCAGAUGUUAUUGUUACGCACUGUUUUUUGCACCGUGAGGCCCUCGUUGCAAAGACCUUACCAGCAGAUCUAGCUCCUGUGUUGGAUGAUGUUGUGCGCAUAGUGAACUUUGUGAAGACGCGUCCUUUGAAAUGUCGCUUAUUUGCGUCUUUGUGUGAGGAAAUGGGAGCGGAACAUAAAGUCUUAUUGCUCCACACGGAGGUCCGGUGGCUGUCGCGCGGCAAAGUGCUGGCCCGUGUGUUUGAGCUGCGAGAGGAACUUAAAGUUUUUCUGACAAACGAGAGGUCCGAUUUCUCAAAGCUGCUUGCAAGUGAUGAGUGGUGUGCAAAGCUGGCAUACCUGGCUGAUAUAUUUCAUCAUCUGAAUGAACUGAACACACGAAUGCAAGGCCGAAAUGAAAACCUGCUUACAAGCACUGAUAAAGUGAACGGAUUCCGUUUAAAAUUGCAACUCUGGCAACAACAUGUGCAGCGUGGCAACCUUGAGAUGUUCCCACUCACCGAGAAACUGCAUGAUGGCAACACCGCUGCUAUGUGCGAGGUGAUUGGCACACAUUUGAAAACUCUUGAGGAGAAGUUGUCAUUUUAUUUCUCUUCAGCCUUCACGGAAUGCCUUGACUGGGUUAGGGACCCAUACAGCUCAGCAUCAGUUGCUGGAAAGGACAUGACUUUAAAGGAGCAAGAGGAACUCAUUGAACUGAAACAAGAUCGUGGUUUAAAGCUAAACUUUGCUGAUCUUCCUUUGGACAGUUUUUGGUUAUCUGUUGCCAAGGAGUUCCCCAUUCUGGCCAACAAAGCUAUUUUGACAUUGCUCCCGUUUUCAACCACAUAUCUGUGUGAGCUGAGCUUCUCAAGCUUGACUGCGAUAAAAGCUAAAAACAGAGAGACACUGAGAGCUGUUGAGCAAGAGCUUCGUGUGUGUCUUUCUACCAUUACUGCCAGGAUAUCCAUUUUGUGUUCAUCAAAACAGCCCCAGGUUUCACACUAA